CUCAUCAUCCUUCUCCUGCCUACCUCAUCUGCUCCGCUCGGCGCUCACACGGCCAAGGCCAACGCAGCUGAUCGCGUGUGCGCGCCACUAGUUGGUGGUGCUCCGCCGCGUUCUGUUCUUGUUGACUCGUCGUCGUCGCUGGACGCGCGCGCAGCGCAGGGGACGAUGGAGAGCGUGCGCGGGAAGCCGAGCCUCGAGCUCGGCGUCAAGGUCGUCAGGGUGGCCGUCCUGGACCCGGCGGAUCAGCGGCUGGAGGGCGGCGGCGCCCUCUUCGUGAGGUACUACGUCCCGGCGGGCGACGGGCGGCGGCGGCUGCGCGUCGACACGCGGGAGGUUCCCUUCGGCGGCGGCCGCGACGGGGAGCCGUUCUGGGGCGAACUCGCGCGAUUCGAGCGCUGGGGUGACCCGCCGAGCGUUGCGGGCGCUGCCGCCGCGGCGCCGGAACGAGGGGGGAUCGCGUUCGAGCUGCGCUGGAGGCCGCGCCCGUCGUCGUCGCCGCCGUCCGGGCUGGCGUCGCUGCUGGGAGCCGGCGCGCGGAGGCGGCGGCCGUCGCGGGCGCUGGCGCGCGCGGAGCUCGCGUGGCCGGAGGACGCGGCGUCGCCGCUGGAGAGGUGGCUCACGCUCGCGCCGGCGGCGGGCCGCGAGCUGGGCGGGCGCAAGGCGCCCCGGCUGCUGGUCGAGGUCAGCAGCACCGCCCGCGCCGCCGUCGCCGGUGGUGGUGGUGGAGGGAUGGGGGCGACGAGACCCGUCGGCGCGAGCGGGCUCUGCUGCUGCAGCGCCGGCGACCGCUGCGGCCAGUGCGGGUGGGUCGGCAGCGAGGAGGACAUGUUCCUCGCGGCAACGUUCGUCAGUCAGUAGGCCGCGGCGACGCCGCAACUUGAGAAACGUUGAUUGGAAAGAAAAAAAAUUCCAAGGCGAGUGCAUCGUCUUGCUUACAUAUAUAAUAUUAUAGUGCUAAACUGUGCACUGGCUAGCGGUUUGAUUAGGGCGCCAGAGCACUUACUAUAUUGUAUUCUUGUAUGAUACAUAUCCCACUCGUGUAUAAUUACCAUUGCAGCUUCAGACAC